AUGGCUUCCACCUCUCCCCUUUCGACUUCCCCCAUUGAGGCGCCCACGGGGCCCAUCGCCCUUGCUGGUGCGCCUCGCCCGGCCGGCGCCCCCAAGCCCAAGCCCCGCAAGCGUGUCAACACGGCCGAGAAGCGCCACCAGCACAACGCCAUUGAGCGUCAGCGUCGUGAGACUCUGAACAGCAAGUUCCUCGUUCUUGCCCGUCUCCUUCCCUCGCUUGCCGCGUGCCGCCGCCCUUCCAAGUCGGCCAUUGUCAACGGCUCCAUCUCGCACCUCAGCCACCAGCGCUCCCAGCGUCUCCUCGCCGCCAAGCUGCUCCGUCAGAUGGCCGCCGAGCGUGAGGAGCUCCUCGCCGAGGUCAACCAGUGGCGCCAGGCAAACGGCUGCCAGCCCAAGACCACCGCCUCCCCCUGGGCCGAAGAGGCCGAGGAGGUUUACCAGGUUGAGAAGGAGACCUUUGGCUCCUUUGCUUCCAUGGGCGGCGAGGGUGGCGACGACCAGGACGACCAGGACGACGAGCCCCAGGACUCGUCGUCUUACUCGGACUCUACCAUGAACAUUGAAAAGGCCAACCUCGUCGUCGGCGGCUCGUUCUCGACGGGCCUCAUCACCCCUCGCUCGUCCACCGACAUGGGCUCCACCAUGGAGUCUUCCAUGUUCGCCAAGCCCGCCGCCAUGAGCUGGACUGGCUCCAACUUUACCAUGGCCCCGACCAUGCCCUUCAACGCGUUCAUGCCCGAGUCGGCCGACACUUCGUCGAUCCCCUCGCCCGUCGGCUCGUCGUCGCACCACAGCACCAUCCUCACGCCGCCCAGCGUCGAGCAGGGUAACAUGUACACGAUGUCCCCUGCCUCGUCUGCCUCGCCCGAGGACACGACCCAGGCUUCGCGCCAGCCUGCCGCUCAGCAGCAGCAGCAGUGGACCCCUCAGCAGCUGGCCUUCUUCCAGCAGCAGGUCCAGCACCAGCAGCUCCAGCGUCAGCAGCAGGCCGCCCUUGCCGCGUUCGCCGCCCAGCCUCAGGACAUGAACAUGGGCAACAUGUUCAUGCCCAACCAGCAGCUCGCUCCCCAGCAGGCCAACCUUGCUCAGCUCAUGGCUAUGCUCCCCCAGCACCAGCAGCAACAGCAGCAGCAGCAGGCCGCGGCCGCGCAGCCCGAGCAGAUCGACCAGUGGCGCAAGCUUGUCCUUGGCGGUCUCCUCGCCCAGACCCAGCAGGCCGAUGCGUCCAAGCUUGGCCAGGGCUUUGGCUUUGGUCUCCAGAACGGCUGGUCCGAGCAGACUGUCGGCGUUUAA